AUGACCAAGAUCCUUGGCAGUGCACUGCUGUCGUCUGUGAGCUUGAUGGAACGUGGUACUUGUGUAAGGCUUGGCACGCGAGGCAGAGCAAUUCUUGUGAAGCAAUGUGAAACCGCCGCCGCCGGGGCGCCUGGUUGCCCUUGUCCUGGUGUGUCUGGACUCUGGCUUGUGGACAGAGUUAGUCUCCGCGCCUCGUCAAUCGCCGCCUCACUAUGUGCUGUUGGAGCGGUGAAGACUGUCGGGGAUCUCGGACUAGCAAUAUGGUGGCAUGUUUCUCCAGUCAUCUGUGGUAUUACUGCCGACCUGUUUAGUUGGGUGCAGAAUAGACAGGAUUAUGGCUUCACGGCACUUAUUGGGCUGCCCCCAGAACGCCACAAGACUGAAGUCCAGCACAUCCCACUGCACUAUGCAGUCCUUUGGUCGAAUACGACCAAACGUCGCAUGCAUGUUUAUGAACAUGACGAUGCGGCUUGCAGACGGACACUUGGCUCACUGGCAUCGGUAGCAGAAGAUGUACGCGAGGCGCUUUAUAGCAAAGAUUGA